AUGUUUCCCACUUGCACUACUAAAGAGAACACUUUUAAGGAGACACCAAAUAAGGUGUUCAGAAGAGAGCAUGAAAAUUUGGUGAAGGAAGCAGAAAAAUGGAUGAAAGCAAUAGCACUAAUUACCACAAAUCGUGUUUGCCGCAGCCAUUAUAGUACCAGGCGGAAGCAAUCAAGAAACAGGCAUCCCCAUGUUUUAAAAAAAAUUGCUUUCACGAUCUUUGCAAUAUCAGAUGCAAUUUCACUAUUUGCAUCAAGCUCAACAUUACUGAUGUUCUCCUCGAUCGUUACAGGAAGUUUUGAUAAGAAAGAUUUUCUAUUCAUUUGCGAAGACGAUUGA